CAUCCGUUCGCCAAAAACAUGGCGGCCCCGCUAGCCUCACCAUUGUACUCCGCCUCUUAACGAGACCCUCUCGCUUUCAAAAUCUACCCACAGUACCACCGCCCAGUGAUUCCCCAAGUAAACCCUCAUCAACUGUCAAACAAUUCCAUAAACCACCGACACGUGACGUUAAAUUGUCUCCCCCGUGUUCGGUACAUCUAUAACCUCGAAAAACUCGUCACCCCCAUCGCCGCAUAACAAACUGUAUAUUUCCCUCGAAUAGUGCGCGCGCAGGCCCUUUUCUCCAAAAAAUUAUGUAUCAAAAAACUGCUACAGUGAAGUUAUCAGUUGGUUUCCCUCAGCUUCACCGAAAAUGAAGUAACAAUCUAUCAAAAUAAAUCAACCACAAUCUCAGGUGAGUAAUCACUCUAACAAAGGAGUAAACAAACUCCGGAAGCCGUGGACUUUGUCGAAAAAUUCGCAAUUUCGAGUUCCCCCAGAAGCCGAAAAUCAAUGAAGUGAACCACCAGCAAUGGCAUACGCACCCUUGCCGAAGCUGGUGCCAAUUGGUAGCCCCCGAGUGGCUCCCGACGAGGUAUCCAAAGUGAUGUACCCAGACCUCCUGCACUCCGAGCCAGUCCAGCGUCUUCUCAAUCAACCAAACAUCGUGAUAAAGCCGAUAAACAUCCCCGAGGAGGAUUCGACUCCAAAGCCCACAAGAGCAAGAUCUAAAUCGAGUAAGGAGAGACGCCCCAGGCCGGACAUCACAAUGUCCCUGGUGGACCUCAACCCUGAGGACCUGCUGAGGCCCCUUAAGCCCCCGAAGUGUCCGCUGGAGCCUCUGGAGCCCCCGGAGAGUCCCCUGGAGUCCUCGACGAACUUCCCUUCGCCCCUAAAGACUCUGUACCUCCCCUCGAAGAUCGUCGGGGACUCUGGGAUCUCCUUGCACCCAAUAAUCAAUCGUCGAAGGAAAUGCGGGCACUGCGAGCCCUGCGAGAGCAUAAUCUGCGACGUGAACGUCCAGCAAUACGUCGACACGACUGGCUCCUCCCCAUUGAUCGCAACGACAAUCACAGAUUCCGAAAUAACAGCUCCAGUCUCAAAACACUGUAGCAAUCCUCGCUGCGAUGCCCUCAGUAUCGACCACAAUCGCUGCAGAAGAUUGAAACUCGAAUUGAAGCGUUGCGACAAGUCAAAUGCCUGCGACAUCUGCGGUGUCGUCCUGAAGAACCGAAAGACCAGGAUUCAUCACAAAAACUGCAAGAGACGAACCGAGUACAGGCACAAUCAAGUGGACGGGGCGCAGAUCCUCAAGGAGAGGAUGAGGGAGAGGGAGAUCCAGAUGAUGGAGGCCCUGAGAAUGAAGCGAAAUGACCACGUCGAGUCAUCAAUUGCUAAUGACAGAGCCGCUGAGUCCCUCAAGAAGAACUCAGAGCUCAUUGUGAUACCCAGAGCACCGGUGCAGGGAUUCAAUCAGUCGUUCAUACGUAUGAACAGUAUCUCCAAUCCUUCAGCACCACCGAUUGCUCCUGUCCUCCACAAUAUUCCACUUGUCCUCCAGCCUCAGGCCCAGAGGCUCAUCAUCAACAAUCAGAACUUCAUACUUCCCAGUUCAGAUAAAAAUCAUAUUUAUAUUCCCAACAAUUCGAUUACUAACUCAGAGACUGGGAAAUUUAAGUCUGGGAAUUCACAGGAGAACAAGUUCGUGGUGCCUCCUGUCCAACCGAGGGCGAUAGCCUACCCUCUCAAUGUUAAUGAGUGGCUGGUCCAGCAGGGGACACCAGUGGCCCCGAAACCAGUGAUGAUGCCGAUCACGGUUGUUCCCAUUGCGAACCUCAAGAGUGAGCCCUCGAUGCUGCACAGAAAGGAGGGAAUCCCCAGGUUCUGCAUAAUUGCUAAUAAUACCAUUCAGAUGCAGUCGUUCGUCAAUGUCCAGACAGUUCCAACCAUUCAGCCUGUCUCAGGGGUCUCCUCAAACACUGGGAAGUCUGUUUUUAUUAAACCCAAUCCGGUGAUGCCCAUCAGGCCUGCACCAGCGAAACAGGCGGUUGGCAAGGCUGAGGAGAAACUCAAGAAGAUCACACCCAGGAGGAGGAUGAAGUACAAGAGGAGGAAGAAGGGGGAGAAGAAGCCUUUUGAGUGCACCUACUGCUCGAAACGAUUCUUAACUGAUUGGUACUUUAAAGUGCACGUGGCUAAGCAUAAAGGGGAGAAGGUGAAGUGCGAGAUUUGUGAGACUGUUUGCAAGAGUGAUAGCGAUUUGAAGAAACAUGUUAGCAGUGAGCACAGGGGCAAGGUCGAGGUGAAGGUGGAGGCGGUUGAGGAGGAUGAGGGGGCUGAGGGAGAGCAGGAGACUGGAGAUGAACAGGUCGUCUGUGAGAACUGUGAGACGAGCUUUGAAACUACUUUGGACAUGGAGAAUCACAGCUGCUUGGAUGUUAAUGGGAUGUUCUCGGAUGUGGAGAUUAAGUAUGAAGAGGUUGUGGAGGAUGAGGAGGAGGGGUUCGAGGCGUUGGAGGAAGGAGUUGAUGAGGAAAGAGUGGAGGAAGGAGGGGAAGAGGAUGACGGGAUAGUGGGCUAUGAGGGACUGGAGGAGAUCGAAGAUAUGGAGGAGACUGAGCAACUGGAGGAAGAGUUGAACGGUGAAGACAUAUCCUUAUCAUUUGAGGAGGUUAAUGGGAGGGUUAACGGGGUGGUGGAGGAGGACUGCAGAAAAGCGAGGAGGAGGAAAACGUGGCAUUCCACGGGAGGCGAUGACGAGAUCUAUGAGAAGGCUGAUUUCAAUUGUAGGGAGAGACAAACAAUCCACCGAUGAGAUAGUAUGACCGACGUCUUGAGGAUCUGAGAGCUGCAUCAUAUUUGUGCGCAUCACAUAUUGAAAUACAUCACCUCCACAAAUGAUGUAAUAAACUCAUGGUGAUAAUUUUUUGAUUUCGGUGACAAUGUGGAGUACUGAAGAUUGUUAAUUACGAGGUCAUUGUCAAUUUUCCAUCGGAAUAAACAUGACAGGAUAUUUUUAACCAGUGACAUGUCAAUGCAAAAACAUUUAAAUGAUAUUAAUAUCAAUAUGUGAAAUCGUCGGAGUCGAAAGAACUGAGUGUUUCAUGUUCUAACACUAGUCAACAGAGAAGAAUCGAUGACAAUGUGGACUACGCUCGAAAAUAAUCUCCAUUUUGCAUAUUUUUUUUUUAUUAUUCUCACAUCACUUAUUAUUUAAUCGAACAAUGAUGUUCCUCGAUCAGGAGUCCUGAUGUUUCCAUUGUGCCUUUCAAAAUUAUUAUUAAAAAAUGAUGUCAAAAUAAGAGGGAAUUGUAAUUUUUAUUAUCAGACUAGAGAUUUAUUUCACCUUCAGAUUUCUCGUAAUAAAGGUAUAAUUUUCAAGUUGAUCUGUAGACAUUUUUGUAAUGAGGAAUGGAUUGAAACAAUAUAUUUGUACAUUCAGUAUUACAUUAUCGAGAUUGGAUGUGGAUGAUUUGUGUCGGUACAAAAUUUAAUAAAUGUUUUUGGUAA